AUGGCGCGCGAUUCCUGGCAAACUGUCGUCCGCUGGUCGAACAGCGUGUCAUCGUGGGACAAGACAGACGGAUGCUGUUUCACUCAGUCGAUCAGAUGGCUGGCAAAGUGCACUUGCGUCAGCCACUGUGCCGCUCACUCUCCAUGGACCUGCACAUGCAUGGAAUGCAUUCCAGGGACAACAGAUCCCUUGCCAAGGCCCAAAAAAGGCAGCGAUCAUCACGCCAGGUGCGGUAUACAUGUGAUUCAAGCAGUGUCCUGUUCAGCACCCCCCUCUGCCGGGGCAGGCACAACCAGCACAGCCUGCGGCUGUGGCCCGGGCACUGUGACUGCCAGGCGGGCAAAGGUCAGGUACCCCGUGUGA